CCUCUCUAUCUGAAACACACACCACAUUCACCUCACUCUCAUUUUUCAUUGAUUUCUCAUCAAUUUUGAAUUGAUCACACCACAAUGGGUUGUUACAAAAGGUUAAUACUAAUACCUUUUGGGCUAUUAAUUUUCAUUAUGGUGGUAGCAUUAGUAGUUGAAGGAAGGGUACCCUUUGCAUGUGACCCAAAAAACGGUUUAACAAGAGGGUACAUAUUUUGCAAUAAAAACGUGCCAAUUCAUGUGAGAGUACAAGACCUUAUAGGAAGACUCACAUUGGCAGAAAAGAUAAGACUUGUUGUGAACAAUGCAAUUGAAGUUCAAAGACUUGGAAUACAAGGUUAUGAGUGGUGGUCGGAGGCUUUACACGGCGUUUCAAAUGUGGGUCCCGGUACUAAAUUCGGUGGGCCCUUCCCCGCCGCCACUAGUUUUCCUCAAGUUAUCACCACCGCUGCUUCUUUCAAUCAAUCUUUGUGGCUUCAAAUUGGACGGGUUGUGUCCGAUGAAGCAAGAGCAAUGUAUAAUGGUGGAGCGGCAGGAUUGACAUAUUGGAGUCCUAAUGUAAAUAUUUUCCGUGACCCUCGGUGGGGUCGUGGCCAGGAGACUCCCGGCGAAGACCCUACUUUGGCUGGAAAAUAUGCAGCGAAUUAUGUUCAAGGAUUACAAGGCGACGGUGCCGGGAACCGGCUCAAGGUUGCUGCUUGUUGUAAACAUUACACUGCCUAUGACCUUGAUAACUGGAAUGGUGUAGACAGGUUUCAUUUCAAUGCCAAGGUAAGUAAACAAGACUUGGCAGACACAUAUGACAUACCAUUCAAAUCGUGCGUGUUGGAGGGAAAGGUUGCGAGUGUAAUGUGUUCCUACAAUCAAGUGAAUGGUAAACCAACCUGUGCCGAUCCUGAACUCCUUCGCAACACUAUCCGUGGCGAAUGGCGCCUCAACGGGUACAUAGUUUCAGAUUGUGAUUCGGUUGGAGUUUUUUAUGACAACCAACAUUACACAAAAACACCCGAAGAAGCAGCGGCGGACGCCAUAAAAGCAGGCCUUGAUUUGGACUGUGGGCCAUUUUUGGCCCUUCAUACAGAUGGUGCUAUUAAGCAAGGGCUUAUUUCAGAGAAUGAUCUUAACCUUGCUUUAGCUAACCUUAUUACGGUCCAAAUGAGAUUGGGUAUGUUUGAUGGAGAACCAUCGGCCCAACCAUAUGGGAAUUUAGGCCCACAAGAUGUUUGCACACCGGCCCAUCAACAACUUGCACUUGAAGCAGCUAGACAGGGUAUUGUCCUUUUACAAAACAAAGGAAACACAUUGCCACUGUCUCCUACACGAUACCGUACCGUUGGAGUCAUUGGUCCCAAUUCAGAUGUUACUGUUACAAUGAUAGGGAAUUACGCUGGUGUGGCGUGUGGUUAUACGACGCCGUUGCAAGGGAUUGCUAGAUACGUGAGGACCGUUCAUCAAGUGGGAUGUAGAGAUGUGAGUUGUGGUGGGAACCAACUAUUUGGGUCGGCAGAGACGGUAGCAAGGCAGGCUGAUGCAAUAGUAUUAGUAAUGGGCUUAGACCAGUCCAUAGAAGCAGAAUUUAGAGAUAGAGAUGGGCUUCUUUUACCGGGCCUCCAACAAGAGCUAGUGUCUAGGGUGGCAAGGGCCGCAAGAGGCCCAGUUAUCUUGGUCAUCAUGUCUGGUGGCCCAAUUGAUGUUACAUUUGCCAAAAAUGAUCCCAAGAUUAGUGCCAUUUUGUGGGUUGGUUAUCCUGGCCAAGCUGGAGGAACUGCCAUUGCUGAUGUCAUUUUUGGAAGAACUAACCCAGGAGGAAGGUUACCUAUGACAUGGUACCCACAAGAUUAUGUGACCAAAGUGCCAAUGACAAACAUGGACAUGCGUCCAAACCCAGCAACAGGGUACCCAGGAAGAACCUAUAGAUUCUACAAGGGCCCAGUAGUGUUCCCAUUUGGGCAUGGGCUUAGUUACACAAGAUUCACCCAAACCUUAGUACUUGCUCCCAAACAAGUCUCAAUCCCUUUUGCAAGCCUUCAAGCCCAAGCCAAAGCCCAAGCCUUCACAAACUCAAGUUACAAAGCAGUGAAAGUGAGUCAUGCAAAUUGUGAUGAAAUGGAAGUAGGGUUCCAUGUGGAUGUGAAAAAUGAAGGGUCAAUGGAUGGGACCUACACCCUUCUCAUUUUCUCAAAAGCACCUCAUGGAAAAUGGUCAGCUUUGAAACAAUUGGUGAGCUUUCAUAAGACCUAUGUUCCAGCUGGAUCAAAGACACGUGUCAAUGCUGGUAUUCAUGUUUGCAACCACCUUUCCAUUGUGGAUGAGUUUGGGGUUCGAAGAAUCCCAAUUGGUGAACAUGAACUUCAAAUUGGUGAUCUCAAACAUUCUAUUUUUGUCCAAACUUCGGACCAAAUCAAACAUUAAAUGUAAAAAAAAUGAAAUAUACAAAAUAAGUUUUACAAUAUUUUUACUAAAGAUUUCUCAAGUGAGUUUAAAUUACAAAGAAAAAAAAUUCAUAAGAAUAAUUUUGAAUGUAUGCAAAUGUAAAAUAAGGAAUAGAGGUGGGGGAUUAUUUGUAAGUCAGUUUAUUAUAGUGUAACACCAAUGUGCCAUUCUUGCUACAAAUGUAAAAUAGGGAAAUGUUUGUGACAUUGUAAAAUAGUCACUUUGGCAAGUCUAGUACUAUUGUUUGUCACACAAAAAGUGUAGUAUUAUUUGCACUUUAUAUGUUGUUGAGAAAGGUUUUUGAACAAAGUUGUAAGUUCUUAUCAUUACUCAUU